AGCUUGUCACUUAAGUUUAUGAGUUUGGAGGAGUGUAUUACACAUACGAAGAGCUCUUGGUGGUUAAGAAAUCGAUCUUGCGCCAUGGAUGGCGACAUGAAACAUCUGAGGGUUAGGUUUUCUGGGGUGAGGCAGGAAGAUAAUGGUGGUGGCGACACUAUACCAGUUCCAUCUCAUGAAAGCACAAGUUUUGGUAGAGGACUAAUGAGUAAUGCGGACGAAUACGAUGCAGCGUAUGCAGCCACGGUGGCAGCAGUGGCGUAUGCUAUUGUUGCACGAAAGGAGGAGAGGCUAGCGUCUCAAGAGAUGCCUAUUGCAGAGAAGUUUGGAAUCGAAGGGAAGCCCAUGGCGGGGAAGGUAGGGUCUGGAAAGAAGCCUCCUUCACUUUGGGAGUCUCAGAUCACCCCGCAGUCCAAGUCACCACCCAAGAGAGGUGAAAGCUUUAAAAGGCCUAUUGAAGGCAGCAGAUCUACAAAAUGGUUCAGUGGGAAAGAGCCCAUAGACGAUGCCUACGAUGACGAACCAAGAGUUAAUGUGUCGGUGAGGAGGCCGUUAAGACCGGCACAGAAGAAGCCAGAAGCUGUAAUUUCAUCUGAUGAAAAGUUGGCGGAUAAGUUUUUGAAUGAUUCUGUCCCAAGCAAAAAGAAGGAAGCGAGUUUCGCCCGAAAAGGACCAGAAAAGAAAGGAAGCAGAAAAUUUGAGCAAGAUGAAGGGAAUCAGAUGCUGCCACCAACAGCAGCCACCACAGCCAAGCCAAUGAGCUCAUAUUCCAGUAGAGAGAGUAGAGUUGCCACCCCUGGAAUGGAUUUUUCCAGUGAAGCCGAGGCAAUGGCAGACGCUUGGGAGAAGGGGAAGUUGGCGAAAAUCAAGAAGCAGUACAAUGAGACCAUGGACACCAUUACCGAAUGGGAGGCCGAGAAGAAGGCCAAGGCCAGGCGGCAAAAGGAACUGAAAGAUGAGAGCGACUCGGAAAGGAAGCGCGCUAAGGCCCUGGAGGAGUACAAUGAGGAGAUGUCGAGGAUCAACAAGGUGGCUAUAGCAUCGAAGUUGACAGCGGAGGAGAAGAGGAGGAACGUGGAGAGAAAGGUCAGGGACAAGGCACAGACAAUACGGUCCACAGGGAAGCUUCCCCGGACAUGUGGAUGUUUCUGAAACCAUAUGCGUGAAAAAGCGUUAGCAUGGAGAUCUACAUUCCUAAGCAAAUGAAACGGCUCAAUGAAUAUUCAAACAAGAAAUCUAGAUUUGCUGACAAUGUACUUCCUCCGUUCUUCAGCUCAUAACAUGCCUGUAAUCUGUGUAUAUUAGCACGUGUUUAGUUAUGUACA